GCGUCCUGGGCGGCGCGCGCCCGGCCGUUUCCUAGGAGACGAAACACACGACGCCGAGCUUCGCUGGGGAGCUGGCGAGCGUGUCUGUAGGGAAGGAGGCGGUGUUUCUUUGCCAGACUCCUGGCUGCCGAAUGUCAUGAGCCUGCGUAGUUCGAGGAGGAGCCCGUGAUAAUGACGACAGCCCUGUCCCCGGUAUAGCGACAGCACAGUGAGGGCAAAAGCGAGCAAAACAAGGACGUGUGUAGUGCCUGUCCCCCGAGGAGGGCGCUCCAGCCGACAGCCGGCGCUGCUACUUCUCCGAGAUGAACCGCUACACAACCAUGCGGCAGCUGGGCGACGGCACCUAUGGGAGCGUGCUGAUGGGCAAGAGUAACGAGUCGGGGGAGCUGGUGGCCAUCAAGAGGAUGAAGAGAAAGUUCUAUUCUUGGGAUGAAUGUAUGAACUUGAGAGAAGUUAAGUCUCUGAAGAAACUUAAUCAUGUCAACGUGAUUAAACUGAAAGAAGUUAUCAGAGAAAAUAACCAUCUUUAUUUUAUAUUUGAAUAUAUGAAAGAAAAUCUCUAUCAGUUAAUGAAAGACAGAAACAAACUGUUCCCGGAGUCGGUCAUCAGAAACAUUAUGUAUCAGAUAUUGCAAGGGCUGGCAUUUAUCCACAAGCACGGCUUUUUUCACAGGGACAUGAAACCAGAAAACUUGCUUUGUAUGGGUCCCGAACUUGUGAAAAUUGCAGAUUUUGGACUUGCAAGAGAAUUAAGGUCACAGCCACCAUACACUGAUUAUGUAUCUACCAGAUGGUAUCGUGCUCCUGAAGUUUUAUUAAGGUCUUCGGUAUACAGUUCCCCCAUUGACGUGUGGGCCGUGGGAAGUAUAAUGGCGGAACUGUACACCUUAAGACCGCUUUUCCCGGGGACAAGUGAAGUUGAUGAAAUCUUUAAAAUCUGCCAAGUUUUAGGGACUCCCAGGAAGAGCGACUGGCCCGAAGGCUACCAGCUUGCGUCCUCCAUGAACUUCCGAUUUCCCCAGUGUGUUCCCAUCAACUUAAAAACUCUUAUUCCCAACGCCAGUAGUGAAGCCAUUCACCUGAUGAUGGAAAUGUUGAAUUGGGAUCCAAAGAAACGACCAACAGCAAGCCAGGCACUGAAACACCCUUAUUUCCAAGUUGGCCAGGUGUUAGGGCCUUCCUCGAAUCAUCUGGAAUCCAAACAGUCUUUAAAGAAGCAGCUGCAGCCUGUAGAAUCAAAGCCAUCUUCAGCUGAACUGGAACCUAAGACUCUGCCAGAUGUCAUUGACCAGACUGUCACACCAUCCCAGCCAAAACACAGCCACCAACCUCUGCAGUCCAUCCAGCUGCUGCAGAACGUGGGGACCCCGCCACCCCCGAAGCAACAGACUCAACAGAAACCAGCGCAGAUGUUUCCAAGCAUCCUCAAAAACGUGCCCGCUAAGUCCGUGGGCACCCUGGGUCACAAAACCGCGAGGAGGCGCUGGGGCCAGGCUGUCUUCAAGUCUGGAGAUGGCUGGGAGGAGUUUGAGGACAGUGAUUUCGGAGCCUCCCAUUCCAAGAAGCCAAGCAUCAGUGUCUUCAAAGAAAAGAGGAAAAAAGACCCUCCGUUUCGGCUUCCAGAGUCAGGACUGCUAGGCUCCAGCCACCUGCCCCGGGAAAACAAGAGUGUACCUGCUGUUGUGUCCCUCAAAUCUGACUCGGAGUUGUCAGCUAUGUCUGCACCCAAGCAGUACUACUUGAAACAAUCAAGAUACCUUCCAGGUGUAAAUCCCAAGCACGUGUCCCUCAGAACCAGCGGGAAGGACAUCAACUCAUACGCCUGGAACAAUCAGCUAUUUCCUAAGUCCCUGGGACCUGUGGGAGCAGAAGUUGCUUUCAAAAGAAAUAAUGCAGAAGAAAGCAUAAUAAAACCAAUCGAAAAACUGUCAUGCAAUGAAAGUUUUCCUGAACUAUUAGAGGACCCGCAAGGAAAUCUCGGAAGUUACACUACUUACAGUCAGUCAGGAUAUGUCCCUUCCUUUCUCAAAAAAGAAGUGGGGUCAGCCGGCCAGAGGAUCCACUUAGCGCCUCUUGGGGCAGCGGCUCCAGAAUUCACCUGGAGCACCAAAGCCGGUCAGGGGCCGUUUUCAGGAGCCACAUACAGCCCCAGCACCAAAACCCUUCCCGUCGUGACAGGCGCCCAGCCGGUGCCCUCAGUGCCCGGGAGGACGGACUGGGUGGCUAAGUAUGGAGGCCACCGCUAGGCCAGCACCUUGCCAGGAGGACCGUGGCCUCUGUGGAGAGUGAGCUCGGCCCCUGGCCCCGGGCGGCGUCCACGCUUGUCCACGUCCACCGAGCGCCAGGGGAAAUACGCAGCACCGAUCACCUCAAAGAGCACAGAUCACCUCCUAUUUUCUUUCUUCCCUAGAAAUGAAACGCAUUUUCCCAGCAUCGUGGCCCGCAGUGCUGAGAUACGGGUAGGACUUUACAAAGUAUUGAAUAAACUAUUUGCCAAAGUA